AAUCAUUAGGAAGGCGAAUAUGGUGUUUGGCUUGUCGGAAGGAUUUGUUUUGUACAUGGUUGGGAAAGCGUGCCGGUCGUGUCGGUGUACCCAAAUCACGCAGUAUAAAAGAGAGCCGUUUUCAAGUGUUGUUUACUGGAUUUUGGGUUUAUCAGAUUUUCUAUAUAAAUGGGAAAGUUACUUAAACUGGACUUUACUAAAUCUAAGUGAGUUCAUUUGAGAUGUUUCACUCGGGCUGUAAAACUGCCAGUUAUGUGAUGCGUAGUACAGAGUUUAAAAGAUCCCGUGUGUUUCCUCGUCCUACCUGAGAAUCAUGCGUCCGAUGUACGCACCUCUCCCAGUUCAACGCCGCAGACACCGGCCAAAGCAGCCCAGCAUCCCGCCUAAACCCCUAGCGCCAAACGCAGCACACUGUUUUAAUGCGUAUAAGAGGGCACUGCCUGUUAUGUACUAUUUGGAAAUGUAAUGAUCGCGUGAGGGACGCUCGGUGCGCGCCGUCAAUGUGCGCUGCCCGGCUCCUUGGUGGGGGUACUGCGCGAGGGAGCGGACGCAUCAGUCUCACACGCCUCUUCCUCUGCUGACUGCCUUCUCCUCCUCAUCCCGCAUGUUCUCGUAGUGUACAUCGGACUGCUGUUUUGUGUGGCUGAUUUCAAACUGGGCAACAUUUAGGAAAGGAAGAAAUCCAUUAGGAAUCUACUGGAUGUAUAUGCGGUGCCGUCUGCCUAUUCGCGCUGCCUCCAUGGAUCUGACUCCGAAUCGAGUGGAUUUAUCAGGGGAAUCGAAAUUUUAACUUGCGUAAAAUCUUUUAAAAACUAGCCUGCGACGUCUUAAUAACCCACGGACAAUAACGCGAUGAUCUUCCUAACUUUAUCCAUCUUGUUGCCUGUGUUGGAAGUAUUGCUGUCUGCGGACGAAAGCGUUUUCUCCCGGUCGAACCGGCUGGACUGUGUCAGAGCCAGCGAUCUGUGUCUGAGGGAGCCGGCGUGCAGCUCCAAGUACCGGACAAUGAGGCAGUGCGUUGCUGGGAAGGAGGGCAACUUCAGCGUGGUACCGGGACUGGAGGCGCAGGACGAGUGUCGCAGCGCCAUGGAGGCCCUCAAGCAAAGCCCCCUGUACAACUGCAGGUGCAAAAGGGGCAUGAAGAAGGAGAAGAACUGCUUGCGCAUUUAUUGGGGCUUCUAUCAGAGUCUACAGGGAAACGACUUCUUGGAGGACUCCCCAUACGAGCCCAUGAACAGCCGUCUCUCUGAUAUUUUUCGCCUGGCUCCCAUCAUCUCAGGCGAGCCGGCCGUGACCAAGGAGAACAACUGCCUGAAUGCAGCCAAGGCUUGCAACCUGAACGACACCUGCAAGAAGUACCGCUCGGCCUACAUCAGCCCCUGCACCACCCGCGUCUCCACCGCCGAGGUGUGCAACCGGCGCAAGUGCCACAAGGCCCUGCGCCAGUUCUUCGACAAGGUGCCGCCCAAGUACAGCUACAGCAUGCUGUUCUGCCCGUGCCCGAGUGCGCCCCAGUCGGCCUGCCUUGAACGACGCCGCCAGACCAUCGUGCCCGUGUGCUCCUACGAGGACCGCGAGAAGCCCAACUGCCUGUCACUGCAGGAAAGCUGCAAGAGCAACUACAUCUGCAGGUCGCGGCUCGCUGACUUCUUUGCCAACUGCCAGCCGGAGCCACGUUCGCUGUCCGGGUGCUUGAAGGAGAACUACGGAGACUGCCUGCUCUCCUACUCCGGCCUCAUCGGUACAGCGAUGACGCCCAACUACCUGCGAUUGUCACAUCUCAGCGUGUCUCCUUGGUGCGACUGCAGCAGCAGCGGGAACAGCAAGGAGGAGUGCGACAGAUUCACAUCGUUUUUCACAGACAACCGCUGCCUGAAGAGCGCCAUCCAGGCGUUCGGCAACGGUACGGACGUGGGGGUAUGGCAGCCCGUGCCCCCAGUGCACAGCUCGACAGCAGCUGCCUCGCCGUCGCAGAGAGCUGGGGAGCGCUCCCCCAAUGACCUGGAUCUCAGCGUGUUCACCCACCGGCCCGACACCGUCCGUGGCUCCGUGUACCACUUCUGUGGGAACCUGCAGGCCCAGAAGCUGAGGUCGAACAACACUACUGACCCAGUGCUGUGCAUGGAUGGUGACAUUGUGGACGCCAUCUUCCGGAACUGCUCUGCCCCCCACGCCGGCCUGCACAAGGGGGGACUCCUGCUGUUGCUCCUGGUGAUGGUGCUAUUGCUCCCACUCUCCUAGCUGCUUGGGGGCGCUGGGCCAGAUCGCCUGUACAAAGAAGCCCAUCCCCCCCCCACCCCCCCCAUGCAGUUUGUUAACCCGCAUUGUCAUGCUUUCUGACAUGAGGCCGCAUUGAGUCUCUGCCCCAGAGCAGCAGCAUUAGCGUGAAAUAGGGGAGGGGGGGGGGGCUGCAUGACCAGGUGGGGGGCGCUAUUAUUCUCAUACAGGCAAACUUGUGAUUUCUGCACAUGUAAAAACAUCUAUCCUCCCUCGUCUGCCAUCAUGGAGAUGGCAAAUGCAGGAAAGAGAGAAGGUGACAUGUGACCUGCUCCUCUCUGCUGUUAGUGUCCCCUGAAGGGCUGCUGCUCCCCUACACUGUGCUACACUCAUCCUCAUGACCUCAAGCUCUCGCUUCAUGGGACGAACUCAUAGCUCUACAACUCACCUAGACAGCAAGGACCCCAAAGGCCAGAGAAAACCGAUCUCACCCAGACCCCAGAGAUCACAGAGACUCAUUCUCACCAAGACCCCAAACGACCAAGAUCGUAGAGACUCAUUCUCACCCAGACCCCAGAGAUCACAGAGACUCAUUCUCACCAAGACCCCAAACGACCAAGAUCGUAGAGACUCAUUCUCACCCAAACUACAGAGACCACAGAGACUCAUUCUCACCAAGACCACAGAGACUCAUUUUUACCUGAACCACAGGGACCACAUUUCUGCCUCACCUGGACCAUAAUGGCCACAGAUCCUGAUUUAGACCAUGCAGUCCAUCCCACAAUCUCACAUCUGGGCAGAUGGAUAUUGAGGCAGCAGCUAAACUGACUUCUUCGUUUGUUCUUCACAGCUGGACGUAUCUCUGCAAAGUGAUUUUCUUUUUUUUUUCCCCGACCGGAAAAUCAGAUUUAAUUAUUCCCCUGAGUAGAGUGAUUGUCUGAAAAAGUGCUUGUGCACAUAAUUAUCAUUCUGACUAAAAACAGAAGACGACAGUGUCCUUUUAAACGUUCUCGAGAGCCCCGCCGAUGUCUUUGCAGUUCCACUUUAGAGGUUGUCCUGCCAGCUUGCCCUGGGGUUCGGACUCUGGUGCACUGAUGGGGUUCAACAUGUUCACUUGGACCUCCUGCCCUGCCUACACGGCCCAGCACACUAUCCCAUCACACGCCAUCCUCCCACCUUAGUGUGUCCACAGCCUGUGUCCCAGUGAUCUGUUUAGAAGUCUUUUCAUUAAACAGGAUACAAAUACAUGACUGAAUUGGAGAAACCUUUUGUUUCAAUGGAAAUCAAUAGCAUCUCAAUAAAUCCACAUGAUUUAACUCUCCCUUAAGGACCAAGGGAAAAGUUUUGUUUUUUAUUUUAUAUAUAUAUAAAUAUAUAUAUAGUUCUCUAAUGUAAGUAUUUGUUCUGUCAGAAGAUGUAAGCAAGCCCCUAAAGGCAUCCAUGAGAACAUGGCCAGCACCACCACUCAGCGGGGCCUCAUCCAAGCCACCAUCACUGUCCUUCUGUGCUUCUGUUCCUAUCGCUACCCCUUUCUCACCCGAUGAUCCCAAAAACUGGGAGAUGUUUUCUGUUGGCAGCUUGGGAAAAGGUGUGUUUGAGCUCUGUACUUACAGGAAGUGGCUGUACACUGACAGGAAGUGGCACUGCCCUCUGCAGGGACGAUGAGGGGUUGCAAGGGAAAGCAGACAUUUGAUGUUUGUAUCCUAACAUUUUUUUCUUGACAAAACUAAUAAAAUAUCACUCACCCAUUUGCCACAUUUACUUCUUAGCUUGUGAAAAUGUACAAUCUGUUCUUUGAAAUGAAUAAACAAAAUGUGGACUCAAAUAA